CUGCUCGCCCGGGCCGCACAGAGCAGCUGCAGAAGCAAGAUGUCGGCGACGUGCGUGUUCCCCAUGUGUGUGCGCGCCGGCCGCGGCCUGUUGCUGCGGCCGCUCGCUCCCACGGCCGCCCUGAGGACUCUGUCCGCGGACAAGGCGCCGGCCGGGGCGGCCGGGACCCCCGCCGGGGCGGGCGGUGCCGGCGGUGCCACGGGCGGACUGGCGCAGGCGAUCCUCCAGGAGAGGCUGCAGCAGCAGAGCCAGGGCCAGCCCCCCCCCGGAGGAGAGGAGGGGGAGAAGGAGAAAGAAAACACAGACGACAAGAAGACGAAGGAGAACACGGCCUACGCCAAGAAGAUGGUCCUGCGGCUGGCGGGCCUGAUGGGCCUGGGCGGCGCCGUCGGCAUGGUCUACGUCUUCGGCUCCAACUCGGUGGACGAUCAAGGAAACCCGAUCCCAGACGAGUUCGACAAAGAGCCGCCGGUCGUCCAGCAGAUGAAGAGGACGUUCAAAUACUUCCAGGAUUACCGACAGAUGAUCAUCGAGCCCACGAGCCCCAAGCUGCUGCCGGACCCGCUGAAGGAGCCGUACUACCAACCCCCGUACACGCUGGUGCUGGAGCUGACGGACGUGCUGCUGCACCCCGAGUGGUCGCUUUCGACCGGCUGGCGUUUCAAGAAGCGUCCGGGCAUCGAGUAUCUGUUCCAGCAGCUGACGCCGCUGUACGAGAUCGUGGUGUUCACGGCGGAGACGGGCAUGACAGCGUUCCCCCUGAUCGACAGCAUCGACCCGCAGGGCUUCGUCAUGUACCGGCUCUUCAGGGACGCCACGCGCUACAUGGAGGGUCACCACGUCAAGGACGUGUCGUGUCUGAACCGCGACACCAGCAAGGUGAUCGUGGUCGACUGCAAGAGGGAGGCGUUCCAGCUGCAGCCCUUCAACGGGCUGGCGCUGCGCAAGUGGGACGGCAGCUCGGAUGACCGGACGCUGUACGACCUGGCCAACCUGCUCAAGACCAUCGCCCUGAGCGGUGUGGACGACGUCCGCUCUGUGCUGGAGAACUACGCUCUGGAGGACGACCCCAUCGAGGCCUUCAAACGCCGGCAGGCCCAGCUGGCUCAGCAGGAGGAGGAGCAGCGCCUGGCGGAGCGGUCGCAGCAGAAGCAGCAGGGCCUCUCUCUGGGCUCCAUCGCCUCGCGGUUCCUACGCUCCAAGCAGCAGUGACUCCGCCCCCAGCCCCACGUCCACCAAUCACAGCGGAGGAGAGGGGCUACGGAGCAGCAGUGACCCCGCCCCCUGCCCCACGGCCACCAAUCACAGCGCAGAGGGAAGGGGAGGGGCUUCCUGCACCAGUGAGAGAGGGACUUCCUUGUUUCUGUGGAGGCGUGGCCUUGCUGAGCCCCGCCCCCGGCUGCUGAUUGGUGCAGAGGAACUGAGACACCCCCCCUGCGGUUGGGGGGCGGCGGCGCUGGCCACGCCCACACCUCCCGAGUGUUUUAUUUUAUUUCCUGUGUGUGGGGGCGGGCCCGUGGAGGCUCCACCCACAUGAUCAUGCCGUUUCCAUGGCAGUAAACGGUCUGGCGGACGACGCCCGGCGCCGUCGUGGCCCCCCCCCCUCCGUGAAGGUCGGGGGGCGUCGCCCAGCGAGGAGGUCACCUGCGGCGGGGAACCACCCCCCCCGACGGUCACCGUGGCAACCGCCUCCUCGGACGCUGCGGGAGGAGCCGGCGGCGUCCGACCCGGCCGGGGCGUCGGAUCCCUCGCCGCCCGGCGGUCAGAGACACGAGACGACGCCGGCGUCCAGAACCGGUUCUGUUACAUCAUCAGAAUUCAUAAUAAACAAGAUAAACAAACAAAA